AUGCAGUAUGCUCUUGCAGCUCGCGGCUGGGCUGUCAUGCCGUGGACUGAAGUCAAGAUGCACAAGGACGGAAACCAAGAUGCAGCAUUCCUUCUCGGAAACCCGACGUACGAUGUGCAAUUGAAGCCGGAGGAUGCAAAACUGUACAGCAAGUCUGAGGAGUACCAGGGAAAGGAUCUGACUUGUCAAGUGUGUUACAGCUUCGAGCGAUACGUUGAGCGAUGGGGAACGGACAGAUGUACAAAUAGAAAGGCAUUCGAGUUUUCCGAUCGCCUAAUCGGGCGCUACCACCCGCACUUGAUACAGGGCGAGCCCUGUGAGACCGACCUUGCGAGUACGCAACCGUCUGGAAAGGCGAGCUUGUUGCUCAGGUGCUGUAGUUGCUGUUCAGAAGUGGUCGCUCUGCGGUUCCAAGUCGAGAAAUAUGGCUUCUACCUGCACGUGUUCCACUCUCCUGCAGCAGUUCUCUACCAGGUGCGGAAACUCAAGGAAGUGUUUCCGACGUCACCGGUAUACAUCAUGAGCGAUGGUGGCCUUGACUUCGGUCCUUUGUGCAAUCAAACAGGUUGUACUGCGACUGUUUGCCCUCCUGCCAACGACCGCUGGCACCCGUGGCCAUUCUUUCGGAGGCUGUACGACGCAGCAGAGGCUCUGAACACGGAGUUCGUCAUCAUGUUGGAGCCCGACAACACGAUUCAUGGCCCAAUCAAGGAGCCGCCCAAGUACGAUGCGGGAGGUGUGCUGGUCAGGGAUCGCAGUUUCGCUGGUGCUGAUUAUGUGGAGAAGCUUGCCAAGAAACGCGUGGAUGGGUACAAGUGGCGCAAAAAGAAUCAGCAAGCCGGCUUGUGUGGAGGAUCUUAUUACAGACGAGAGGCUAUACUGGAUGCGAACUAUUUGGGAGAGAAAUUUUCGAAAGAGAUAUACUCGUCAGACUUUGCUCUCCAGUACGCGUUGGCAGCUCGAGGAUGGACCAUCAUGCCAUGGGAGGAAGCUGCACAGAUGCACAACGACAAGGACAUCCCACUUGCGGGCCCCAAAGAUGCUGCAUUCCGGCACUACUCGGGACCAGUGGGCAAGCCCACCUAUGAGUUGAAAAUGAGGAAAGAGGACCAGCAUCUUGUGAAGGAGCAACCGGUGCAGUACAGAGGCAGAGACCCCAACUGCCAGUAA